AAGUGAGGAGGAAAGGAGCAAGAUGGUGGACGACGCGAUGAAAACAGAUGUGCAGCUGCCUGUGGCCACAGACCUCAAGAAACCUCGUCCAAAGAAAGCUCCCGAUCUUCCGAUCUUGGAGAGGAGAAACUGGCUUAUACAUCUGCAUUAUAUCCGCAAAGAUUAUGAGACCUGCAAGGCCAUUAUUAAAGAACAGCUGCAUGAAACUCAAGGCAUGUGUGAAUAUGCUGUGUAUGUGCAAGCUCUGAUCAUGCGGUUAGAAGGGAAGAUCCAGCAGUCUCUGGAGUUGUUUCAGAGUUGUGCCAUCCUCAACCCCAAAAGCUCAGACAACCUCAAGCAAGUGGCACGAUCCCUUUUCCUGUUAGGGAAACACAAAGCUGCCAUUGAGGUUUAUAAUGAAGCAGCACGUCUCAAUCAGAAAGACUGGGUAAGUACACGUCCUCUGUCCUGA